AACGUAAAUGCUCUCUCAUGGCAAUAUCCGCAAUUACACCAAACAGCGGGGGCUAUUUGGGAACACGAAUUGAUGUCGCGUUUCGCCGUGUUGUUGUUGUUUUUGCUGUGAUUUCUCCUAACAGAGGAGGAAGAACGCAGACGUAGAGAGAGAAACUAGAGAGAGAAACAAGACGAAGAAGGAGAUAGAAAAAGAGAAGGAAAGGGAGAGAAAAUACGGAGGGAAGAGAAAGUUGCAGAGGGUUUUGGUUUGGUUUUGGAUCUUUAACACAAAUAGAGAUUAAAUUCCACCACAAAAAAACCUCUGCAACACUUCCCUUUGAUUCUAAACCCCUCGCAUUGCAUUUCACCAAUUGGUACAGCUAGACAGAGAAUUUGCAGAGGAAGAGCGAGAUAGAGUCGUUUCUGGUGUAUUUGAUUCGAACCAAGCCUUCAACAUCCAAAUGCUGGAUCUUUUGUACAUGCAUUGCCGUUGAAUGCGACGAAUGUUCUAUGUUUUCUCCUGCAUUCAAGAAAAUAUAGGGUUUUAUUGCUUUGCCGUUGAAUAAUCUAUGUUUUCACAGGCAUUGAAGAAAAUAUAGGGUUGCAUUGUUUUGCUGUUGAAUUCGAGGAAUAAUCUAUGUUUUCACCGGCAUUGAAGAAAAUAUAGGGUUGCAUUGCUCAAUCACAUUACUUCUUUAAAAAUGGCUGUUACAGUCCAUAUUCUGGUUGGAUCUCAUGUUUGGGUGGAGGAUCCCGAGGAAGCUUGGAUAGAUGGGGAAGUUCUGGAAGCUAAUGGUGAGGAGAUUACAAUAAAUUGUACAUCAGGGAAGACGGUUGUUGCUAACAAAUCCAACGUCUAUCCCAAAGAUGUUGAAGCUCCUUCAUGCGGCAUGGAUGAUAUGACAAAGCUGGCUUAUCUGCAUGAACCAGGGGUUCUGCAGAAUUUAAGGUGUCGAUAUGACAUGAAUGAAAUUUAUACUUACACUGGUCACAUAUUGAUUGCUGUGAAUCCUUUCCAAAGACUACCUCAUUUAUAUGAUAAUCAUAUGAUGGGACAGUAUAAAGGGGCAGUCUUUGGUGAGCUGAGCCCACACCCAUUUGCUAUUGCAGAUGCUGCAUACAGGCAGAUGAUUAAUGAGGGAAUAAGCCAGUCGAUUUUGGUUAGUGGAGAAAGUGGAGCUGGUAAAACGGAAUGCACCAAAACACUUAUGCAUUAUCUUGCCUUUAUGGGAGGGAGAGCCACAGCUGAGGGACGGACUGUGGAGCAGCAAGUUCUAGAGUCCAAUCCUGUUCUAGAAGCAUUUGGAAAUGCAAAGACUGUUAGAAACAAUAAUUCAAGUCGUUUUGGUAAGUUUGUGGAGAUUCAGUUUGAUCGACAGGGGAGGAUUUCGGGAGCUGCCAUCAGAACUUAUUUGCUCGAGCGAUCACGUGUUUGUCAAGUGUCUGAUCCUGAGAGAAAUUAUCAUUGCUUCUAUAUGCUUUGUGCUGCACCACCAGAGGAUGUUGAGAGGUACAAACUAGGAAAUCCAAGGACGUUCCAUUAUCUGAAUCAAUCAAAUUGUUAUGAGCUGGAUGGAGUGGAUGAUUCUAAGGAGUACGUUGCAACAAGGAGGGCCAUGGAUAUUGUUGGGAUCAGUUCUGACGAGCAGGAUGCAAUAUUCCGAGUUGUGGCUGCCGUUCUCCACUUGGGCAACAUUGAAUUUUCGAAGGGGAAGGAAAUAGAUGCUUCUGAACCUAAGGAUGAUAAAUCUUGGUUCCAUCUUAGAACUGCAUCUGAGCUUUUCAUGUGUGAUGAGAAGUCUCUUGAAGACUCCCUGUGCAAACGCGUGAUUAAUACUCGUGACGAGACCAUAACGAAAGUCCUUGAUCCAGAUGCUGCAGCUGUCAGUAGAGAUGCUUUGGCCAAAAUUGUUUAUUCUAGAUUGUUUGAUUGGAUUGUGAACAAGAUUAAUAAUUCUAUCGGUCAAGAUCCUGAUUCAAAAUUCUUAAUUGGGGUUCUGGAUAUUUAUGGAUUCGAGAGUUUCAAGACAAACAGCUUUGAGCAAUUUUGUAUCAAUUUGACAAAUGAAAAAUUGCAGCAACAUUUCAAUCAGCAUGUUUUCAAGAUGGAGCAGGAAGAAUAUACCAAAGAAGAAAUUGACUGGAGUUAUAUUGAGUUUGUUGACAACCAAGACAUUCUUGAUCUUAUUGAAAAGAAACCUGGUGGCAUCAUUGCUCUUCUGGACGAGGCUUGCAUGUUUCCAAGAUCAACACAUGAAACAUUCGCACAAAAGCUAUACCAGACAUUCAAAGAUCAUAAACGUUUCAGCAAGCCAAAAUUAUCAAGUACGGACUUCACCAUUCGUCAUUAUGCCGGCGAUGUCACUUAUCAAACUGACUUCUUUUUGGAUAAGAACAAGGACUAUGUUGUUGCAGAACAUCAAGCCCUGUUGAGUGCUUCAAAGUGCUCCUUUGUGUCAGGCCUGUUCCCACAUUUAUCUGAGGAAUCUUCAAAAUCAAAGUUCUCAUCGAUAGGUUCUCGGUUUAAGCAACAAUUGCAAGCUUUGCUUGAAACACUUAGUGCCACUGAGCCACACUACAUUCGUUGUGUAAAGCCAAAUAAUCUUCUGAAGCCAUCAAUCUUUGAGAAUUCUAAUAUACUGCAACAACUCCGUUGUGGGGGAGUUAUGGAAGCAAUUAGGAUCAGUUGUGCUGGAUAUCCCACUAGGAGAGCAUUUGAUGAAUUCAUUGGCCGUUUCGGCAUCCUAGCACCUGGUGUUUUGGAUGGACGUUGUAAUGAGGUCACUGCUUCCAAGAAGCUUCUAGAGAAGGCGGGCCUUGAAGGUUAUCAGAUUGGUAAAACAAAAGUUUUUCUUAGAGCUGGUCAGAUGGCAGAACUAGAUGCUCGUAGGAAUGAGGUCUUAGGAAGGUCCGCAUGCAUUAUCCAGAGUAAUGUUCGUUCAUAUUUCGGAUGCAAAAAAUUUAUGUUGUUGCGGAUGGCUGCCAUACAAAUCGAAGCUCUGUGUAGAGGGGAAGUUGCACGCCAUCGCUAUGAGAGUAUGAGGAAAGAAGCUGCUUGUUUGAGAAUACAGAAAGAUAUGCGCAUGUGUCUUGCUCAGAAACAUUACACAUUGUUGUGCUCUUCUGCUAUUUAUAUUCAAACAGGUAUGCGUGGGAUGACUGCCCGUGAUGAGCUUCGCUUCAAAAAACAAAGUGAAGCGGCAAUCCGUAUCCAGUGUCAAUGCCGACAAUACUUAGUCCGGCUUCAUUAUUUGAGGAUCAAGAAAGCGGCAAUUGCUACUCAAUGCGCCUGGAGAGUAAGAGUGGCGCGCAGAGAACUGCGGAAUCUUAAAAUGGCUGCUAAGGAAACCGGUGUUCUCCAAGCUGCCAAAACAAAGCUGGAAAAAGAAGUUGAAGAGCUAACAUGGCGACUGAAGUUGGAGAAACGCAUGAGAGCCGACUUGGAGGAAGCCAAAACAAAGGAAAAUGCAAAGUUGCAGUCUACUUUGAAAGAGAUGCAACUUCAAUUUCAAGAAACUAAAGAGCUGCUUAUUAAGGAACGUGAGGCUGCAAAGAAAGCAGCUGAGCAAAUCCCUGUCAUACAAGAAGUCGCAGUUAUUGAUCAUGAAAUGGUUAAUAAGCUUACUGCUGAAAAUGAAGAGCUCAAGGCUUUGGUAAGUUCACUUGAAAAGAAAAUCGAUGAAACGGAAAAAAAAUAUGAAGAAACUAACAAGCUUAGUGAAGAGCGGUUGAAGCAGGCUUUGGACGCAGAGACAAAGAUAAUUCAGUUGAAGACAGAUAUGCAGAGGCUUGAAGAAAAACUUUCUGAUAUUGAAGCUGAAGACCAAAUUCUGAGGCACCAAGCAUUGUUGAAUUCACCUGCUAGAAAAAUGUCGGGACAUUUACAGCCUUCGGAGAAUGGUUAUCAUGAACCACAAAGUGCAACACCCACAAAACAGUUUGGUACCGAAUCGGAUAAUAAGUUGAGGAGAUCCCAGAUUGAAAGGCAGCAAGAAAACGUAGAUGCUCUUGUCAAAUGUGUGACUCAAGAUCUUGGGUUCUAUCAAGGAAAACCUGUUGCCACGUUUACAAUAUACAAAUGUCUUCUCCACUGGAAAUCGUUUGAAGCAGAAAGAACUAGCGUAUUUGAUCGUCUUAUCCAGAUGAUUGGUGCUGCAAUACAGAACCAGGAUAAUAACAAUCAUAUGGCUUAUUGGCUAUCUAAUACGUCUGCAUUAUUGUCCUUGCUUCAACGGAGUUUGAAAGCUACUGGUGCACCGAAACCACCCCCUGCAACAUCAUUGUUUGAAAGGAUGACCCAAGGAUUCCGAGCAUCUUCUAGCAACCUUUCCGUUGUAGGCCAGGUUGAGGCCAAAUAUCCAGCUUUGCUUUUUAAGCAGCAGCUCACUGCUUAUGUGGAGAAGAUAUUUGGAAUUAUUCGAGACAAUUUGAAGAAGGAUUUGUCAUCACUUAUUUCCUCUUGUAUCCAGGCACCAAAAACAUCAAGAGGAAAUGCUAGUAACUGGCAGAGCAUCAUUGAGAGCUUAAAUGGGCUUCUUAGUACAUUACAAGAAAAUUUUGUGGCUCCAGUUCUUUGUCAGAAGAUCUUUACUCAGAUUUUCUCUUAUAUUAAUGUGCAGCUUUUUAAUAGCCUUCUUCUUCGUCGAGAGUGUUGCACAUUCAGCAAUGGGGAAUAUGUGAAAUCUGGGUUAGCUGAAUUAGAACUAUGGUGUGGCCAAGCAAAAGAUGAGUAUGCAGGCUCAUCCUGGGAUGAACUAAAGCAUGUGAGGCAGGCUGUUGGAUUCUUGGUCAUACAUCAGAAGUCUAGAAUUUCAUACGAUGACAUUACGAAUGACCUCUGCCCUAUUCUGAGUGUACAACAGCUUCAUAAAAUAUGUACCCUUUACUGGGACGACAGCUACAACACUCCAAGUGUUUCCCCAGAUGUUAUUUCCAGCAUGAAGAUGCUAAUGACUGAGGAUUCGAACAAUGCAGAUAGCAGCUCCUUUUUGUUGGAUGAUGAUUCUAGUAUUCCCUUCUCUGUUGAUGAGAUUAGCAAUUCCCUCAAAGAAAAGGAUUUCUUGAACGGAAAACCUGCUGCAGAGCUUCUUGAAUAUCCAGCCUUCCAAUUUUUACAGGACUAAGGUUGUGAUCAGCUAGCACUCUUUUCUUUUUGUGACGCCACCAGAUUUUUGAUGAUGAGAUGGAUGCUUCUAUUCCUCUGAUCGGUGCCGUAAUGUAAAUCCGCCUCCAAUAAUCUCUCCUCACAUGUUCCUCCUAAUUGUAACCUCCACAGCCCUGAUGUAAAAUUAUUCCUUUUAGCUUUGUAGAAUUCUUAGUCUUUGUCAAAUAGUUAGUCAGGGCAGACGGAUUUAGCCGUCAAGUGCCUGUAUUUUGUUUUGUUUUGUUUGUUUCAUUUUUAUUUAUAUAUAUUUAUUUUAGGGCCACUUAGGGCUAGCAUUCUUUGUAGUAGAGCAUAUUUAUAUAGUGUGGCGGGAGGAGCUGCUCUUAGUUGUCACCAAUUUUCAUUUUUGUACAGUAAGCAGCUGUAUCAACCAGAAUGUCAAGAUAUUAUUUGUAAGUAGCUUAUGCAAUCUAGUGAUGUUUAUGAAAAACAAUCUUUCUUUGUUUUA